AUGUCUUUGCCCAGGUUGUUGGCUCAGGUGAGUUUGACCAUACGCUGCAGCGUAGGGCAUCAGCGACAGACUUUGCACUGCAUAUCCUGGUGCUAAAGCAGCUCACGCCAUCUUGAUCGCCUGGACUGUAGUUUCUCUUUCUCGGCACUCAGAUCGUUGGCAAAGCCUUCGCAGAGGCAGGCAGGCAAGCCGCCCGAAGUGAGUCGUGCCCGCCGAUCCGGAAUUUGGGGAUGAAUCGUUGGAGGUUGAUGCAUGCGUCGUGCUGACACUAUUUUUCGGAUGCGCCCUUCCGCAGAUGCCAGGGCGGCCCCAGUGGAAGCCGGUGCGGCGGGAGCAUCGACUGGCAAUUCUGCUCGAGAUGCCUUGACGCGUACGCACCGGAUGACUCUUGAUGAGGCUCGAAUGAUACUCAACCUGGACGCCAAACAGGUCGCCAGUGGUGGCGAAGAGAUUGCGCAGGAGCUGGAGAAGGUGAGAUGGAUGCACUUCGAUUUAGAUUCUUGGCGAUCGGCGCGAACGUGAAAAGUCUGGCAGUACGCCCGGCUCACACUUCUUACCUUGGUUGCAGAGAUAUACGCAACUUUUCAACACGAAUGCCCCGCCAGCUCCAAAGGGCAAGUCGGGUGGCGGACAAGGAUCAUUUUACGUGCAGUCUAAAAUUGUCCGAGCCAGGGAACGCAUAGAGGCGGAAUGGGCUGAGAUCCUGAAGAAGGGCAAAGAGAGUGCCGAAGGUGGCAACGGGACUGGAACGGCUGCAGGUAAUGGCGCAUCGGAAGCUGGACAGACGAAUAGGUAG